CAUCGUCAGCGCGGCACUCGCCUCUCUGAAGUAGGCUUCGGGCGCAACUCUGCACUCAACGUAGCCCCAUCCUGCUAGCUCUCUUCUCGCUUUUCGUAUUCGAGCAACAUGCCUCCUCGCAAUGCCGACGAUGUCUCUGCGGGCGAUGCCUCAUCCCAAGCCACGACCGUAGCCACUGGUCGCGACACACAUGGGGUUUUGAAUUGUCAUCCUUCCACCUCCUCAAAGGCUCAAACUCCCAAUCCUUUCACGAUUGGCAUCGCAGAGGAUAGAAAUAAGAGGUGGAGGAGAACUAUGGAGGACAGUCACGCCUUCGUUUACGGCUUUGGUGGGGUGCAGGGUCAGGGCUUUUUUGGUAUUUUCGAUGGGCAUGCUGGCAAGCACGCUGCUGAUUGGUGUGGAAAGCACUUCCACGAAACUCUUUUGGAUACGCUGGUUGACUACUCCGAUCGGCCAGUGCCAGAUCUUUUCAACUACACCUUCCACAGCGUGGACCAAAAGCUCGGAGAGCUCGCCCAAUCCGAGGGAACUUCGAGCGGCUGCACAGCAGUCACCGUCUUUCUGAGGUUAGAAGAUGAAGAGGGCAAACCAUUGCACUAUCCCGAGAGCGGAGGUGUGUUGCCCCACAGUAAGAAAGGCAGUAGUGCUGGGAGCGUUGCUGAAGGUAGCAAAAGCGGCAGUGUUAGUCCGAGCAGCGCGAACAAAAAGGAAGAGGAGAGUAAGGGUGGUCUGCUGGGCUGGGCAAGAAGAAUCAGACAAUCGAGCUCUGGUGCUGCUCAGGCUGCUGAACGUGAUGGUGCUGCUUCGGCCAACGAAACGUCUGUGGCGGCCUCGGGCAAGUCCUCGAGCGACGUUGCGGGCUCUGACGCUAAGCAGGACGGAUUGAAGGCGGAAUCGCAACCUAGACGAGUUCUGUAUACCGCAAAUGUAGGAGAUGCAAGAGCAGUGUUAUGUCGUUCCGGAAAGGCACUGCGCUUGACCUACGAUCACAAAGGCUCUGAUGCGCAGGAGGCCAAGCGAAUCACCGAUGCGGGUGGUUUCGUAAUGAAUAACCGAGUCAAUGGUGUGUUGGCUGUGACGCGGUCGCUCGGCGAUCAAGCCAUGAAAGAAUUCGUGGUCGGUUCGCCAUAUACGACCGAAACCUGUCUGAGUGACGAGGACAAGUUUUUAAUUGUAGCUUGCGAUGGACUCUGGGAUGUCAUCGACGAUCAAGAUGCGGUGGAUUUGGUAGCUGACAUUCAAGAUCCUCAAGAAGCCGCGGAGAAGCUCUUGGCUCACGCGCUUGGAAGCUUUUCUACAGACAACACGAGCGUAAUGGUGGUCCGAUUCGCUUCCGGCUCGGCAUCUCUGCCCUCAGCUUGUGCCGCCGCUGUGGCUGCUGAUCAGUCCGUAUCUGGCAGCACCUCCGGGUCGACUUUGCAGGGAGAGGACGAGCGCACAGAUUCGGUUCCAGUCGCUGAUGGUGUCGGUGCAGCUGCACACGACACCCAGGAGGCUGCAAACAUCAGUUCAGGGCCGGAUUUGGGCGUCGAGCCAGCUUCGAGCGUCGAUUCUGCUGCUAGUGCGGCCGCUGCGCCUGCGGCAUGAUCCAGGUUCUGGUGGCUACUUGACGAGCUUCGCAAUACAAUGUUCCCAUGCGCAUACGCGUCUAUAUG